GAGGUUCCCACAGCCAUCUGUCCCCGACUGCAGUUCAUUGUCGGCCACUGCUCCCCUGGCCUAGAUCAUAGCACUCGUCUGUCUCCUCUCAGGACCCGUCCGCCGAACCCAUAAUUCCCCGCGCCGAGACAAGAUGGAGGAGAAUAGCAGCUGCAGGAGAACAAUGUUUGGGCUAUAAAGACUCAACGGAAAGAGUAAGAGGAAAAAAUAUAAAGAGAGCUAGCUAGCAGCGGUCAUGUUCUGGACGUUUCCCGUUGGCCCCAGUUAGUUUUCCUGCCCGAAGAUCACCAUGAGUAUUAUUCAAGAUAAGCUAGGCAACGAGUUCCUGCGCAACGGCGGCAUGGAGCCCAACUUCGCGCCGGGCAUGAUCAUGUUCAGCCACCUGCCGCCCGUCACCAGCUUCACGCGCAUCGCCGCCCAGUCCGUCAUGCAGGACCUGCCCCUGCCGCACGAGGUGGUCCUCAAGAAGGAGCGCGACUCGCCCGACCACGCCGGCAACUUCGUCCACGCCAUGGGCAUCAAGCAGGAGAAGGUGACGGAGCACGACUACCGCAUGCCCCUGUACGGGGGCGGGCCGGGCAAGAGCACGGAUCUGCUGGAGAUGUCGCUCGGCAACCACCAGAGCCUCCUGGUGCACGACCUCAGCCUGAGCAAUCUUUCCGGCAGGUUGGUGAAAGAGCCGAAGGAGACCUCGGGGCGACGAGGGCGGAGAUCGAAUGGUGACGGACAGGAGGGGAAGCCCAGAAGGAAGCGUGGGGAGUCCUCAAAGUCCCUGAUGCUGGACGGCGACGCAGGGAACCUUUCUCCCAGCUCCAAGCCGCACAUCUGCGAGCACUGCAACGCAGCCUUCCGCAGCUCCUACCACCUGCGCAGACACGUGCUCAUCCACACAGAUGGCACAGGUGAGAGGCCUUUCAGGUGCAGUCAGUGUAACAUGAGCUUCAUCCAGAAGUACCUUCUGCAACGGCAUGAGAAGAUCCACAGCGGGGAGAAGCCCUUCAGCUGUGACCAGUGUAACAUGCGGUUCAUUCAGAAGUACCAUAUGGAGAGGCACAAGAGGACCCACAGUGGAGAAAAGCCAUACAAAUGUGACACCUGCCAACAGUAUUUUUCCAGGACAGACCGAUUACUGAAGCACAAAAGAACCUGUGGAGAAGCCAUAAAGAAAGGACUGGAUCCGGGGAUGUUGGACCAGGGCGGAGAGAUGGGACAGGGCAGCUACGCAAUCACUCAGGGAAACGCGAAUGCUUCCGGGCGCAAGAGGGGCAAGUCCAAAAACGCGGGCGAGGGCGGCGAGCGCAAGAAGAAGAAGGCCGCGGAGGCGACGAUGGCGGGUGGCCUGAGCCUGCAGGACUACGCGGUGGACAUGCCUUCCGCCUCGUCCAACAGCGGCCUCCCCUGCCCCGGCAUGCACGUCCAGCAGGGCCGCGCCCCCAAGCUCGUGUUCAAGAAGGCCGGCCGCAAGGGCGACAAGGGCGCCCUCUCCCUCGGCGACGGCCCCGGCGGCCUCCACGGGCAGAAGAUGCUGCAGCAGAAGGCCAGUUCCCUGGACCUGGUUGGAGGACCGGGCAUGGACAACAUGGGGCUGCUGCAGGGCCCCGGGGCCAAGCAGGGUCCCACCAGCAGCAACUACGACGACGCCAUGCAGUUCCUGAAGAAGCGGCGGUACCUGCACGCGGUCAACAGCGGCGGCGACUACGGGGCCCCCGCGGUGCACAUGCCCCCGCAGCAGACGGUCAUCCAGGGCGUGAUGGACAGCGAGGCGUCCCUCGGCCUGCUGGACUCCUCGCCCCUGGGGGUGGAGAUCAAGCACGACAAGUCGGGCAUCCCCGACGAGGUGCUGCAGAGCCUGCUGGACCACUACUCCCAGAAGCCCGACGGCUCGCACGACGUGCCCUUCGACCUCGCCGACCAGCACGUGGACCUCCACCCGCCCUCCGGAACGCCCGAGCUGGGCCCGGACGAGGACUCGCCCAGCUCCUCGGGCGACAAGGCGGUCAUCAUGAACGAGUACUCCAAGUUCCUCCUGCAGGCGCUGGAGCGCACCAGUCACAGCAGCGCCUUCCCGCUGGGCCCCAGCGGGCCCUUCCCCAGCCUCGUCUCCAGCAGCUCCCACCCCGGCGGCUCGCUCUUCUCCGACAAGCAGAUCUACACUACGUCCCCCCUGGAGUGCGGCUUCAGCCAAUCCGUUACCUCAGCCCUGCCCAACUCCUUGCCAAAGUCCCACUUCGGGAUGCUGGUGGGCUCCUCCCAGCCCGGAUUCCACCUGAGCAGCCUGGAGCCCACCCACCAGCAGCUGACGCCCUCUCAGGAGCUCACCGACCAGAUCGAGAAGCAGCACUCCCCCGCCUACCAGAUGGCGCCCCAGGAGUUGGCCGGCCAGAAGGACCGUCAGCCCAAAAGCAGCGGCGCCUCCAGCUACCAGCUGUCCCCGCAGGACCUGGCCCAGCUGGACCCCUCCAAGGUCGUGGACAUCCGCUCUCCCUACCAGAUCGAGAACUUCGCCCAGGCCUUCGGGUCCCAGUUCAAGUCGGGCGGUCGAGUUCCCCUGGCGUACAGCACUGACUCUAGUGGAGAGGUUGACCACAGAAUAAGGACUCCAGUGUCAGAAUUCUCAGGGUAUACAAGUUUGUUAGCUGAUGUCAGUGAGCCAGUUAGUACAGGAUCCAAGACCCCGACAAGCCAAAGUUACAGGUGAGGUAAGAGGUUGCGGACCUGGUUGGAAGUUUUUUCCCCUACCCCCCCCCCCCCCUUGUCUUCGUUGUUUCCUCAUGUAUUAUUAUUCUUAUGUUUUUUUAAAGCAAGGUUAACUUUUAAUUAUUACACUGCCGUUUAAUGUUUAUACAAUACCCUACCAAGAGAAGUCUUCACAGACUUUUUCAAAUGCAAUUUUUUUUAGUUUAAAAAAAAAAAAAUCUGUAUUUAGUCGGUUUUAUUUGUAUUAGGGUAGUAUUAGGUCUGAUCGAAAAGUCAUUUUAAGUGAAAAUAGAGGGUAGCUAAGGACUGGCUUGAUUAUUUUUCAAUGAACCUUCAUGUUUUAGCAAUCAGCAUUAAAAUUGUAAGAUAUUAAUAACGUUAAUUAAUAAUGAAGAUAAUGGCAGGGAAUAGCCCAGAUUUAAAAUAGCAAAAAAUAGAUAUUGUCUGUUACAAGAAUUGAAAGUAUUACUCAGGAAAAAAAGUGUAAUAUGGAGAAUUUUAUUAUGAGAUGCGGCAAGCACUCAUUUUAGAGGUGUAAGUUUGCAAUUACAAAGAAGAUGCUUUGAUUAUUCCUUUACAAAUGAGUGCAACAAAUUAUGAAUCUGCUGCCUGUUGGGUUACACUGAUAACACUUUCCAUUUAGCUAUAUAGAGAUUAUGGUACUUUUCUGUCAAUGUGAAACACUCACAUUUCUUACAAGGGCCAUAGAUAUUUAUAAGUGUAUGUAAGACAUUGAAUUGUUCUGGGGGACUGCAAGGUGAGAGAGGAGGGGGGGCAGGAACGUGGGGGUCCUUUUGUCUUUGAAGAGUCGAGCAACGGCGUGGCUGCCAGGUCGGUUAGAGACGCAUGCAAUGGUGUGGUUUGCGGAGAUACGAUCCCCCCCCCCCCCCCACACUUCCCGGGUGCACUCAGACCACUGGCGCACACGCACGUGCACGGACGCAGUCGCCCAGCCAUCGGUAGGCCCCCUUCGGUGGAAAAUGUUACAUUUCAGCAGCAGCUUAGGGGUGACCGGUCAGUUACACACACACACACACACACAGCAGGGUAGAAACCCCGCCCAGUGGGUGGAGAGUAAGGCACCGCUCACUGAUGGCUGAAUUUUUAUUUUCUCCUCCCUCUUUUUCGUUUCCUUAAUGAAUCCGGUGAGCACUUUUUUGCCAUGUAUGUUAAAUAUACAACCCAGUCAGAUUGUGGACAGCUCAGAAUAGAAAAGUGAUGCGAUUUUUAAAGCGAGCCAUUGUUUUAAGGUGAUGUUUUGGCCAGCGGCUGUGUGGGGUGGGAGGUGUCGGGUGGGAGGUCGGGGCGUGGGGGGGUGGGGGCAUGGGCUUUAUCAAAGGGGGGGGGGGGGGGGUGUUAUCUUUCAUGGUUUGGGAUGGCUAAGGUCAAGGGGUUUGCUGGAGCACUGCUGCUGUUAUCACGUGGAUGUUAUCAGACAUGCAGAAGAACUUAGAAUAGAGGAUGAGGACCUCUAUUAAGUAUUAAACCAGCUCUAACAGGAAGACGAGACAUUAAAAAUUCAGACUCCUAAAUGACACACCGGUGCCAGCUUUUGUAAUUCACAUCCUACCUCCGAGCAGGCCAACCGAUAGUUUACUCCCCAACGUAUGCAAAAAGUGUACAUUUCCUUUUUUUAAGUUGCUGUUAUCAAGAGACAAGAUGAAUAUAGGCCACUUAAUGUGAAGAACUGGACCUAAACAACUGGACCUAUUUAUGCUUCAGAGAGGAAAGAGAGGUGAGCAUGAGUAUUAUUUGUCUGCAGUCCUGUAGCAAGUCAAAAUAAACAGUGAUUGCUUUGUCUUCCAGUGCUAUUGGUUCAGUGUCCCUGAAAUACAGCAGCAAAUUUUUUAAAUGAAUUUUUCCUUUGCUCCCUGUGUAAAUUUGUUCCCUCCAUCCCCUUUGUAUGAGACUGCAAAGCUGUAAGAUGAUGAGGAACAAUGACUGACCACUCAAACCAUGCGCUACGUUUUUUAAAUAAAGAAUAAUAAUUAGGAUUGACCUUUAUAUACCUCAUAUCACUGUUUAAGCAUAACCAGGGACACGUGUUCAUGUAUGUAGCGGAAUUACUGUAGUAUGUAUUAAACAUAUUGUAUAACCAUAUUACAUCUUUUUAUGUAAACAGUGUUUACAAUAAUGGAAAGAGAUGAAUUUGUUAAACUUUUUUUUUUUUUUUAGCUCUGUAAAGCAUUUAUGCCAAGCAGUGUUGCAGUCUGUAAUUAUCACAUAGAAUUUCCUUGUUCAUGUUUUUUUGUUACUUGCCAUAAUGUGUUUUAAUAUGAUCUAGACAGUUAUUGUUUACAAAAUUGUACAAAAAACACUAAAAAUGUGUAUUUUUGAUCUUUUUUUCUCUCUCAAAUAUGCAUGAUAUGAAAGGGUUUGUACAACUUUUUUUUUUGAUGAUUACCACAACACCAAAUUUGUAGCAGAUAUUUUGUUUCUCUUAUUUUUGUCAUUUGCUUAUUUUGUUCUAGUUCUUGUGACAUGAUUUGCAGGGCUGUACCUGUUAAAUGAGUUUAUAAAUGAUUAGAAAAGAAAACAAUAAAAAAUCUGUUAUCA